CAACGCACGGGUGUUGUACUAGUUUUUUUUAACACAAUUAACUGAAGUUGGUUGACUUCUGAAUAAAAACUUUUCUGAUUCACGAACAAGGAGCAUUUGACGAUGAGAUUUGGCUUCCUCGUGACGCUUAUUACUCUCCUGAAAAGCUUAUCCGUCGCCGAAGCCGACGAUGCCGGUUUCGCCUACAGCGGUUUCCGGCCCCCAAAUCAAAUCAUUCUCGACGGAAUCGCCGGAUUGACUCCCGACGGGCUCCUGCAGCUCACCAACCUAACCAGGCAACAACAAGGCCACGCUUUCUACCCUCGCCCUCUACACUUCAAGAACUCAACAAACGGUUCGGCUUUUUCCUUCUCCACCACCUUCGUCUUCGCAAUUCACCCUCAAUAUGAGUCUCUCAGAGGCCAGAGCCAGGGAAUCGCUUUCGUGAUUGCGCCUACCAGAGGCCUCCCAGGAGCUCUUCCCAACCAGUAUCUCGGGCUCUUCAAUGAGUCGAACAUUGGGAACCGCUCUAAUCGUGUGGUUGCAGUCGAGUUUGAUACCACCAGAACUGUCGAUUUCGGUGAUAUCAAUGACAAUCAUGUGGGGAUUAAUAUCAAUGGGUUGAGGUCUGAUGCGUCUGCUCCGGCUGGAUACUACGAGGAUGGUGGUAAAAGUAAUUUUAUGAAUUUAACUCUGAUCAGUGGGCAGCGUAUGCAAGUUUGGAUCGAAUAUUUUGGUCUGGAGAAGAAGACUGAUGUUACUUUAGCUCCGUUUAAUGCUCCUAAACCAAAGACUCCUCUCGUGUCAUUGUCUCGUGAUCUCUCUGCGAUUCUUGAUGCAGAAAUGUACGUCGGGUUCUCAUCCGCGACUGGUACUGUUCUAACGUCUAAUUAUAUUUUGGGGUGGAGUUUUAAGGUGAAUGGUCAUGCUCAAGAGCUUGUACUGUCUCAACUUCCCACACUUCCACGGUUCGGUCCAAAACGAAUAUCACAUCUUCUGACAGUUGGGUUGCCUGUGAUUGUUGUUAGCUUGGGUUUGCUAGCAGUUUUGGGUGCAAUUUUUUACAUAAGAAGGAAGAGAAUGUUUGCUGAAGUAUUUGAAGAUUGGGAGGUUGAGUAUGGGCCUCACAGAUUCAAGUAUAAGGAUCUAUACAUUGCGACGAAAGGAUUCAAAGACAAGGAGCUGCUGGGUUCCGGGGGAUUUGGGAGGGUUUAUAGAGGAGUUCUACCCGCCACGAAAAUAGAGAUUGCUGUCAAAGCGGUCACACAUGAUUCAAGCCAAGGGAUGAAAGAGUUUGUUGCAGAGAUUGCGAGUAUGGGUCGUCUCCAGCAUCGGAACAUAGUUCACCUCUUGGGGUAUUGCAGGCGUAAGGGCGAGCUGCUUUUGGUUUAUGACUACAUGCCUAAUGGAAGUCUGGACAAGUACUUGUAUAACAGGCCAAGUGUGACCCUUGAUUGGGGGAAAAGGUUCAAAGUUAUCAAAGGCGUUGCCUUGGGAUUGUUUUAUCUACACGAACAAUGGGAGCAGGUGGUGAUUCACAGAGACGUCAAGGCUAGCAAUGUUUUGUUAGAUGGCGAAUUUAAUGGAAGAUUGGGAGAUUUCGGCCUUGCAAGGUUGUACGACCGUGGCACAGACCCAAAAACAACCCAUGUCGUGGGAACAUUCGGUUAUCUGGCCCCAGAGUAUGCAAGAACCGGAAAGGCCACACCACGCACUGACGUGUUUGCUUUUGGGGCAUUUUGUCUUGAAGUUGCCACGGGGAGGAGGCCGGUCGAGUCCCACUCCCAAACAGAGGUUACAAUUCUUGUUCAAUGGGUCCAUUCUUGCUGGGAAGCGGGUAGUGUCCUCGAUGCAAAGGACCCGAAUCUGGGAUCAGAUUAUGCAGCGGAGGAAGUUGAAUUGGUCUUAAAACUCGGGUUGAUUUGCUCCCACUCCAACCCUGAAGCAAGGCCGACAAUGCGCCAAUGUGUUCAGUAUUUCCAAGGUGAAAUUCCCUUUCCUGGAAUCCCUUCACUUGCUCUAUCUUCUGGUGGAUUGGCAUAUGGUCGUGGAGAUGGCUUCACUGAUUUUACCGCCUCAUAUUCAUCUUCUGUUGCAGAGUCCAUCCUCUCAGGAGCUCGAUGAUUCUCCCCACAAAAAGAUCAGUAUGUAUAUCUCAAGUAUAGGCAUGUUAUCUUCUCAUCUUAAUCGUCUCGUUUCUUCUCAGAAAUAGAGAGUAUUGGGUAAC